UUUUAAUAGGAUUUUUCUAAUGGGGUAGACGUUAGCAUACCUAAAUUUCAUCCAAUCUAUCAUGUUUAUGUAUACAUAUAAAUAAUUAUUACCUUCUCUUACAUUUAUGCACUUUCUUUAAAGCGUUAAGAUGGACCUUGUCCUCUAAUCCCUUGAGUAGGUGAAUCUCUCUUCUCUUAAGAUUAGAUAUUAUAGGUGUUGCCAUUUGUACGCGUAUAAAAUUAGCUCAAACUUGUCCAUCUCUUCUUCUUUGUCGCUUUUAUUCAUUAGCCACUUUUUUUUUUUUCAAUUCAGAACGAAAGCGCAGCCGCGGAGCGAUUGGGUUAUAGAAGCAAGUACGAGGAAGGAGUGAGGUGCGUGGAAGGUCUCAAUACUCUUUGGUAGUUGUGUAAUUUGCUUAUAUCGUAGAAGACAUAAUUCUCUUCAUAUCGCCAUCAAAAUGAGGGGACUCAAAAACUUGUUGCCUCUACUCUUCCUGUUUGCUUGCUUCUGGUUAGAAGAUUGCAUUGCUAUGGACACUAUAACAAUCGAUCACCCAAUAAAAGAUCCUGAAACAAUAGUUUCCUCAGGCCAGUCGUUCACAUUAGGAUUCUUCACUCCCGUAAAUUCUAAUAAUCGGUAUGUUGGAAUCACUAUCAACAUUCCAGCACAAAGUGUUGUGUGGGUGGCUAAUAGAGACAAUCCCAUAAAGGAUUCUGCAGGAUCGUUGGCAAUAUCAGGGGAUGGUGAUCUUGUGGUCUUGAACGGGCAGAAGGAAGUAUUAUGGUCAUCUAAUGUAUCAAAUUCUGUGGCAAAUUCUAGCGCACAACUUCUGGAUACUGGGAACUUGGUCUUGAGGGACAACUCAAACGGAAGAGUUUUAUGGGAAAGUUUUCAGACUCCUACGGAUACUAUUGUGAGGACAAUGAAAAUAGGUGUGAUAAGCAAAAAUAACAUGAUCCGGCUGACCUCGUGGCGAAGUCCUUCUGAUCCCUCAGUUGGAAACUUCUCUUUUGGCGUUGACCCUCUUCGACUCCCAGAGUUUUUCACCUGGAAUCAUAGCAAACCUUACUGGCGGAGUGGUCCGUGGAAUGGUAACGUGUUUAUUGGAAUUCCUGCAAUGGGUACUGCAUACCAGAAUCGAUUUGAUCUGGUAACAGAUCAAAAUGGAUCCCAAUAUUUUACCCAAUCUUUCACAAGUAAUUUGGAAUUGUACUACUAUGUGUUGAAUUCUUCAGGGGUUUUCAUGGAGAAGGUUUGGCUUUAUGGAGAUGGACACUCCGAUGUUUCGUGGACAAGUCUAGGGAGUCAAUGUGACGUUUAUGGCAAAUGUGGACCUUUUGGGAGUUGCAAUCCUCAGCAUUCGCCAAUUUGCACAUGUCUGCAAGGUUUUGAACCAAAAAACAAGGAGGAAUGGGAGGAGGGAAACUAUACCAGCGGCUGCUCCAGAAAGGCAUUGCUGCAAUGCGACAGAAACAUUUCUGCUGGCCAAGACGGGAAACCAGAUGUAUUUUUGACGCUUAACAACGUAAAGGUUCCCGAUUUUUCUCACUUAAUGCUGUUCCUCAGGGCGACAGAAGAAGAAUGCGGUAUCCAGUGCUUGAACAAUUGCUCCUGCAUCGCUUAUGCCUAUACUACGGGUAUUGGAUGUAUGCACUGGAACAGUAGCCUAAUUGACAUACAGCAAUUCUCUUUCAAUGGGGCAGAUCUUCACGUAAAGGUGGCCUAUUCAAAACCAGCUUCAACUCCCUGGCGUGCAGGUUUUUCGAACAGAAUAAAAGCAGUCAUUGCAAGCACAGUAAUAUUGGGGUCUUUGUUCUUGGCCAUAUCAGCAUAUUUUUUGCGGAAGCGGUUGACUAGACAUAGAGGGAAUAAGCAAAACGUCAAUUUGACAUUGUCUGAAGCCUGGGAAGUGUCCAGAAUGGAAACCGGUGUGAGUGACAACUCAGAACAAUCAAAGCUUGAGGAGCUGCCAUUAUAUAGUUACGAGACACUGGCUAAUGCAACCGAAAAUUUUCAUGCGAAGAAUAAGCUGGGGACAGGUGGCUUUGGUCCUGUGUUCAAGGGGGAACUUUUCAAUGGCCAGCAAGUUGCGGUGAAAAGGCUUUCAAACUCUUCGAAUCAAGGGAUCAAGGAAUUUAUGAAUGAGGUGGUUCUCAUUUCUAAGCUGCAACACCGUAAUCUUGUUAGGCUCCUGGGCUGCUGUGUCCAAAGAGAGGAAAAAAUGUUAGUCUAUGAAUACAUGCCAAACAAAAGCCUGGAUUCCUACGUAAUUGAUUCAAAAAAACGAAAUUUACUAGAUUGGAACAGACGCAAAUUCAUCAUUGAAGGGAUUGGCAGAGGUCUCCUUUACCUUCACAGAGAUUCAAGAUUGAAAAUUAUACACAGAGAUUUGAAACUAAGCAACAUCCUGUUAGAUGAGGAGCUAAAUCCAAAGAUAUCAGAUUUUGGCUUAGCAAGAAUAUUUGGAGGCAAGGAGGAUCAAGCCAACACAAAUAGAGUUGUAGGAACAUACGGCUACAUGGCUCCUGAAUAUGCGAUGGGUGGCCAGUUUUCGGAGAAAUCAGAUGUAUACAGCUUUGGAGUAUUGCUAUUAGAGAUCGUAAGUGGAAAGAAGAAUACCAGCUUCCAUUACGAGGAGAACAAACUGAGUCUGAUAGGAUAUGCCUGGAAACUGUGGACUUUAAAACAAGCCAUAAAAUUGAUAGACCCACUAUUAUCUGAUCCACGAAUUGAAAUGGAGGUAUUGAGAUAUGUCCAUGCGGGAAUAUUGUGUGUGCAAGAAUCUGCCAGUGAUAGGCCAAACAUGUCUAAUGUUCUUUCAAUGUUGAACAGUGAAAUUGCAGAACUUCCUCCUCCUAAAUUACCAGCUUAUACUGCAACAUUGGGUUUAUCAGAAAGUGAAUCUUCACAACAUUCUGUUAAUGAUGUCAGUUUGACAACUCUCCAAGGAAGAUAGCACAUUCUGUUGUUGUAUGCAUAGCCUUUAGCUUUCUUCUUGAUCUUUCUCUGAUGAAUACUGCGUAGAGAAAAGUUGUAAAUGAAUGACUCAGCUGAGGAUACAUAGCUAUUUUCUAUUGUCACGCAAUGAAAAUUUUUACCAUACAACACUUCAACUUCGUUCCAGUUACAUUACUUGGUAACUGCGGAAGUUGGGGAAUUCU